AUGGCGUCGGCCUUGAUGGCAUUCGUGCAGGGCCUUGGAGCCGAAAAGCAGGAUAAUGAUACAGCCACGGUUCAGGACGAGAAGAAGCCAACCCCGCCUCAAGAAGCGGAUGAGGUCGACGACGCAGAUGAUGAAGACAUGUUCGGCGACAGUGGCGAUGAACAAACGCCACCACAGAAAGCCCCGACGCUGCUGGAGGUCGCCAAGCAAGAAGUUGCGUCUGCCUCACCGUCGCUGAUGGAGGUUGCCAAAAGUCUCGAGGUUGAAGUGCCUCGGCAGCAGAGUGACCAGCCCAAGCCAACGCUUGCUGCAAUAGCAGCAGAAAUGAAUCAAGAGGAAGUCGAUCGCGAAACGAGUCAGGCUCAAUUCGACAAGGUGCAGCGCGCCCUCGAUACCGUGAGCUCGGAAGUCAGAGCUGAACGGGUCGCCCACCGCAAUGAAGAGGUAGUGUCCGGAUUGAAGGCUGCCGUCGGGGAGCAGCAGCAACAAUAUGAAGACGAAGACUUUGAAGACGAUGCUGCGAGUGUUCGUGCGGCAGCGGAGGCGCUGGCUGCUAGUGUUGCUAAGGCGAAAUCGGUGGGUCACCGCUCACCCAGUCGAGUUCGCUCGAAGCCCUUGAAGAAGGGGCCAACAUCCAGUCAAUCGUUGAGCAAGCUCGAGUUGCAACGCGCAAUGCAGGACAAGCUGAGUGCGUUCCAGUUCCAGCAGCUAUCGAUCACCCAGCGACGUAUCUUUCUUGCUUCCCUUGCUCAAGCAGACAGCGCGAACAAUUCGAAGCCCAAAAAGCGCGUGGCUAACAGAGAGGCUCUGAACGAACUUGCCAAGGACAAGUUUACUCAAGCUCGUCAGAAGCAGAAGCCGCGGCACGAGUUCGCGCGUUUGGAUGACAACCGCCAUUGCCGGUUCACUCCAAGACUUCACAAUAGCUCGAGCAAGAAGAAGCUGUCGAACAACGACUCGGACGACGAUGAAGGCCCGGGGGGCAGUAGAGGUGCAGCCCUACGCCGAAACGAAGACUUUGUGCGGCGUAUGGAGGCAGCAGAACGAGCUCGUCGCGAGCAGCUCCGGCGAACACGCGAGGAAGCGGCGUAUCUGGCGCGUGUGGACAAGAAGGAGUGUCCCAGCUGUGGUAACCCGCAGUCUUACUCGGAGCUCACCCAAAAGCGCAAGAAGUGUCCGAACUGCGGUGUCACGUACAAGAGCCGAAUCGCUUGGAGUGACGUCGCGAAAGAGUUCCUCACGCGCAUGGAGGAGUUCCAGCAAAGCUGCAAGGAGAGACAGCGAGAAAGGCAGGAAGAAAGCGAACGCCAAGAAGCUUUAUCGUGCAGACCCGAGGACGAUGAGGAAGACGCGAAGAAGACGUGGGAGGACGUGCGCGACGAGUUCCUAGGGCGUCUACAGCUGGACUUGGAGUACCGCGAGAUGUCUCGGGCGGUCAUUUGGGAGGAGAUCCAGCGCGAAUGCUCCUUCUCGCCGUCCAUUACACGUCGCGCUCAGCAGCUGGAGAUUGGUGACUUUGAUGAACGACUGCGGCGAGACCUGGACGAGCGUCGACUGCGCCGGGAGCAGCUCGCAGCGAGAGCAGAAGCCGCCGCUGCCAGAGAGCGGGAAUUUGAGCGACGGAAUGCAUCCUCCAAGUCUAAGAAGCACAUCACUCCAUCAGCUCCAUUCCAGGAGCGAUUGCGUCAGGACUUAGCUAAGCGUCGUGCUCGUGAAAAGCAGCAACGUUGGUGA